GAUGCGGCGGGUCACGUUGUUUUUGAACGGCAGCCCGAGGAACGGCAAGGUUGUUGCUGUAUAUGGAACUUUGUCUGAUUUGCUUUCAGUGGCCAGCAGUAAACUCGGCAUAAAAGCCACCAGUGUAUAUAAUGGAAAAGGUGGACUGAUUGAUGAUAUUGCUUUGAUCAGGGAUGAUGAUGUGUUGUUUGUAUGUGAAGGAGAACCAUUUAUUGAUCCUCAGACAGAUUCUAAACCACCUGGGGGAUUACUAGGACCGCACACAGACUGGCUGACAUUAAAUGUUGGGGGACGAUACUUUACAACAACAAGGAGCACUUUAGUGAAUAAAGAGCCCGACAGUAUGCUGGCACACAUGUUCAAGGACAAAGGUGUGUGGGGAAAUAAGCAAGAUCAUAGAGGAGCUUUCUUGAUUGACCGAAGUCCUGAGUACUUUGAGCCCAUUUUGAACUACUUACGUCAUGGACAGCUCAUUGUAAAUGAUGGCAUUAACUUAUUGGGUGUGCUAGAAGAAGCCAGGUUUUUUGGUAUUGACUCCCUGAUUGAACACCUAGAAGUGGCCAUAAAGAAUUCCCAACCACCAGAGGAUCAUUCACCGAUAUCACGAAAGGAAUUUGUCCGAUUUCUGCUGGCCACUCCAACCAAGUCAGAGCUGCGCUGCCAGGGUUUAAACUUCAGUGGUGCUGAUCUUUCCCGUUUGGACCUUCGAUACAUUAACUUCAAAAUGGCCAAUUUAAGCCGCUGCAACCUCGCACAUGCAAAUCUCUGCUGUGCUAAUCUUGAACGAGCUGAUCUUUCUGGAUCAGUGCUCGACUGUGCAAAUCUCCAGGGAGUCAAGAUGCUCUGUUCAAAUGCAGAAGGUGCAUCCCUGAGGCUCUGUAAUUUUGAGGAUCCUUCCGGUCUUAAAGCCAACUUGGAGGGUGCUAAUCUGAAAGGCGUGGAUAUGGAAGGAAGUCAGAUGACAGGAAUUAACCUCAGAGUUGCCACCUUAAAAAAUGCAAAACUGAAGAACUGUAAUCUCAGAGGAGCAACUCUGGCAGGAACUGACUUAGAGAACUGUGAUUUAUCCGGGUGUGACCUCCAGGAAGCCAACCUGAGAGGUUCCAACGUAAAGGGUGCCAUAUUUGAAGAGAUGCUGACACCAUUACAUAUGUCCCAGAGUGUCAGAUGAGAGUGGCAAGAACUGGAGGAAGAUGUCCCAGAUGAAAACGUUUCCUUAUUUUCUUUCUCCAUCCAUCGAGUUGUCUAGAGGAGAUAACUUUGUAAGGGAAUUAGAGGCAUAACUUGUUCCCAGAGGUGCAUAAGGGGAAACAAUUGAAUUUCUCCACAUUGUGACUGCAGCAGAACACUCUGUUCAUAGGUAUAGGGACAGCAGAUCAUGCUGCUGCAUUUUGAGUGGAGUUGGGGCAUUUGUCUGCUUUCUGGCCAGGGGUAGUACCUAUUACAUUUGCUUCUAUAUAGGCAUCGUGUGGAAGUACCAUCUUGGUUUAAGAUGCAUUGAGAAUUCUAAUUUAUGAAAAGCACAAUAUAUGCAAAUAUAUUUAUUGAACACCUAGAUUCAGUAAGGAUGUUUAAAUGGUUAAACAUCUUGAAAACUCUGAAGAGUUGUUCAGGUUUAUAAAUAGCUUUAGUGAUGCCUUCACUCUUCAAAUACCUGUCCAUCAUGUGAGUGUGGUGAGGUUAAGACUCCCUGUGACUCUUUUCAGAUUCAUUUUGAUAAUGUUUACUUUUUAAGGAAAAAAACUUGUUAAAUUUGAGUCAUAUCUGUUCUCACAUUUUGGGACAGAAUGGAAGGAAAGACCUUGCAUAUUAUUCUGCAGGAGA